AUGGUAACUCUUGAUCAGGUGUGGGACAGUGGCACAGCUUUCCCCGCCCAUGAAGAAUAGAACAUUGGUUCAGAUGCUGCAGGAGAACCCAGCUGUGUGAAGCAUCUUUCCAGCAGAGCUCUGAAAAGGUCGUUUGAGAUCGAUGAGGUGAAUGACGAGCCUCCAUUUUCACCUGUUUCUCCACUGAGCUCGCCUUUCUCUCCAGGUCCAACAACGGUACAGUCACCCAGGCUCACUGAAAGCUUUGCACCUUCUCCGUCCUCUUAUCACACAAGGAUCAACAGGAACUCAAGCACCGUCCCAAUCCCUGGCUCUGUCCAAUACAGGAAGGUCUCUUCGAGCCUUUCUUUUAAUCAAGGCUCCAAACCACUCCCUAGGGUCAAUGGAAGUCCAGCAGGCACAUUAAGUUGUGUCUCCUCUUUUCAAAGCAAAGUAAACCCCAAUGGUUUUGCCCAGUCCUCCAGACCUGAUGUUGAUGAUGGUCUGCAUGGCUCUACAUCUAGUCUUAUAUAUCCCUCAAGGUUAAACUCUGUGUCAAGUCCACUUCAGAGUCCACUGGGUUGCCAUGAUCCUGGUGUUAAGGCAAACCAUGUGUCAUCUCCGGCUUUGAAAAAAUACUCAUCGCAGGGCAAUAUGUUCCAUUCUGAAGUGGACCGACCUGUGACCUCUGUGAACGAAGGUGCAGUUAGUCAUGGUUCGAUGCCAUCCCUUGAUCUCCACAUAGCUGAAGACCUUGCUCUGGAAGGCAAGGUGUCAUCCAACCUAAUGCACAAAUCAAGUGUACCUCCUUACUCUGGGGUACGGUCUGUGCUGGCUCAAGGUAUUACACCAGGCCACAGUCAACGAACAGGGCAGAGAGAGCCAUGGAUUGCCGCGACUGGCACCUACUCCAGUUUAAGCAUGAAGCCUACGCAAAACCUUCGAGAAGUGAGCUUUGGGCCAACUAAUUCCUUUUCCAACAAUGUGGCUGACUCCAUAUAUAAAGCUCAGGAGAACCCAAUCACAAGCCCUGACCCUCCUGCAAGAAUUCUCCCAAGACCACAAACUGUCCAGAAUGCAUCAACUUUGUCGCCGAUCACCCUGACCAGAUCAAAGCCAGCUGUCUCCAUGACUUCCGUACAUCAGUCUGGAGACUUGCUGCCUCCUGCCAUCAAUGCAGAGCCCCACUCGGUAUCCAUGCAUCAAUCGCCCCAGUUCAAGGCAGUGACCCAGCCGCUGAUGGUUCAAGUCCCUGCUCCUGCUCACUCCCCCUUGCCUCACUUGCAAACUAAACUCGCACGGAAUUUUGCUUUGAAUGAGGAUCCAAUGUUGGCUCUACAGACAAUGGAAAGUUCAGGCCCUGUGGCCAAGAGAAAUCCUUCCUUCACAAAAUCGGAUGAUUUAGGAAUACAUUAUCUCAACACUAGCAUCAGACUGACGGACAAUAUUUAUCAUGAUGGAAAAAGAGAGGAGGAAGUUCAGGAUCGAUCUCUGGAGAAGGAAGUUAAGAUGCAUUUGAGGCAGCAAGGAUUAGGUCUGAAGGAGGUGAAAGUGAACAUGGCGGAGAGAACACAGGAGACUGGACUUGUGUGUUCAGAAGGAUUUAAGAAGGACGUGACGGGAAGAGAUCUCUUUGGAUAUGUGGGCAUUGAAGCAGUCCUGGAUCAGAUGAGACGCAAAGCCAUGAAAACUGGAUUUGAAUUCAACAUCAUGGUCGUAGGUGAAAGUGGGCUCGGAAAGUCGACCUUGGUGAACACCUUGUUCAAGUCAAAAGUCAGCCGGAAGUCCUGCACGCCCAACUACGUGGAGAGAAUCCCCAGAACCGUGGAACUCCAAGCUAUUAGUCACAUUAUUGAAGAAAAAGGAGUAAAGAUGAAUUUGACGGUUAUUGACACACCAGGAUUUGGAGAUCAAAUAAACAAUGAAAACUGCUGGGAACCUAUUGUGAAAUACAUUAAUGAACAGUAUGAAAAAUACCUGAGAGAAGAGAUUAAUAUCAAUCGAAAGAAGCGGAUUCCUGACACCAGGGUACACUGCUGUGUAUAUUUUGUGCCUCCUACAGGACACUGGUUACGUCCGUUGGAUAUAGAGUUCAUGAACCGUCUAGCCAAAAUAGUCAAUAUAGUCCCUGUUAUCGCAAAGGCUGAUACACUUACCUUAGACGAAAGACGAGAUUUUAAACAGAGGAUUCGACAAGACCUGAGAAACUAUUCCAUUAGUGUUUAUCCGCAGACAGAGUUUGAUGAAGAUUCUGAGGACAAAUUACUAAAUGAUACAGUAAGGGAAAAAAUUCCCUUUGCAGUUGUGGGCACUGACCAGGAACAUCAGGUGAAUGGGAAGAAGAUAUUAGGCAGGAAAACCAAAUGGGGAAUUAUUGAAGUUGAGAACGGGGCACACUGUGAAUUUGCAAAUCUAAGAGAUCUACUGAUCCGGUCCCACCUGCAGGAUCUGAAAGACGUCACACACAGGAUCCAUUACGAGACCUACAGAGUGCGAAGAUUAAAUGAAAGCAACGGUAUAAUCAAAGGUUUGCCAAAAGAGAACUAUGUAACCAGCAAAGAAGAUCUGGAAAACAAUCUCUGAGAUCCUGCUCAUCAGCCAGCAAUAAACUUUGCUUUCAACGUCUCCCUUGCAUUGUACAGAUUUUGUAUUUCAAAUAGAACUGGAGUCAAAAGUGUUUUCUGUGUUAAAGCAAGGCCAUGGGAAAUAGAAUUUAUGUAGAUCUUUUAAUG